AACAGGAAGUCCUGAUUUGACCCCCCCCCCCGCGCGGAAGAAACCGCUUCCGGGGCCGUAACUGUGCGUCGGCGACGUUGGACAGAGCCGGACCGCGGCGGCGAGGAAUUGUUUAUUUAUUUGUGGUUUAUUUUGUGUGGAAGUUUAUUAUUUUUUUCCCCUCUGGUGGCGGGAGUCCAUCCUCGAGUGGAUCUCGAACAUUCAGUCCGGAUUCCGGUGUCUGUUCGCCGGGCGAGUUCGAGUAUUUCAGACGGGAGGCGCUUGGGCCCUGUCAGUUAGUUGGACGGACGGACGGACGGACAAACUGACAGACCGAGGGGGAAGCAGCCGAGCCCGAGGCGGUGGGGGGUAGGCGGUCAGCUGCUCGCCUGCCUGCCUGCCCGCCCGACCGACCCCGGGCCAGACAUGUCCUGCGUCGUGGUGAUGUGUACCUGCUCGUCGGUAGCUCGUCUUCUCCGCUCGUCUGUAACCUCCUCCGGACUGGGAUUUGGUUUUGCUCGAUUUCACUUCCCAUUCUUAGGACACUCCUCUUGUUUUGAAACACAAAGAGGAACAAAAGUUCCUUGCAGAUCAUUUGGUGAAGCUAUUACUCUACUUGCAUCAAAAGAUGGUGGCACAAAAGAUACGUCAGGAGAUAGCAACAAGAAGUCUGUCAGCGAAGGGGGUAGCAAACGAUCAUCUGGAUCAGGAGGUUCAGGGAAGGGUGGAAGCCAACUACGGUGCCCUAAGUGCGGUGACCCAUGCACACAUGUGGAGACUUUUGUCUUUUUCCGCAUUGUGAAAAUAGGCAUGACUUAUGAACUAUACUAA